CACUCCAACUUUCAUGACAGCUCUUUCCCACCAACACUAUUCUCUCUCUCUCUCUCUUUCCCUCUAAGCCUUCACAAAAACACACCAAAUUCACUGCUACGAUUCUCUUUUCCUCCAUUGAAGCAAAAAAGCGAAGCAGAGCAACCCCAUUUCUCUUUAACCCACCAAAACCCAAAUUGAUUCCAGAAAAGCCCCAGAGUUCCAGUGAAAAAAGGAACAAAGAUUCUUCUUCAUCGUCGUCAUCAUCAUCAUCAUCCAUGGGUUGUUCUGCAUCAAGACCCAACACUAAUAUCAUCACCAAACCCCAGAAUUCUUCACAGUCUUCCACUUCUUUAGAAUCCAUGGCCUCUUCCCACUCUUCCCCACCGCCCGUUUCUCGUGCUUUGUCUCUCCCGACGCCGCUUGUUCACCAUCCGCCGUUGAAAAAAGGCGACACCCACCACUUGGUUUCGUUAACAUCCACUACUUAUGGUUCCCUUUCACUCAUCGACGUCCAAAAGCCUGUUAUCGACGAUACCCAAAGUUUAUCCGACCAAGAUUCGCCGGUUCAUGGUGGUCAAACUGACUCGUUGUCACCUGACUCGGUUAUCAACACUUGGGAACUCAUGGAUGGACUCGAUGAUGAUGAUGAUGAUGUGGGGCAUGAUUUCGAUCUGGGUAAGCCUAAAUCCAAACCUUCGUUUAAUACUAUUAUUAAACAAUCAUUAACAAAACCGUUAUGGAAACAUUUAUCUGAAGAAUCACUGCUUUCAAAACUUGACCCAAAUGUGGUUUCAAGUUACAGAAGAGCUUUAUCUUCAAGAGCUUCCCCUUCCCUUAGCCCUUCAUGUUCUUCAUUAUCUGAUAGUUGGGUCAAAAUCCCACACACCGAAAAAAGUCAAAAAACCAGAAACAUUGUUCUAUAUUUCACUAGUCUAAGAGGUAUAAGGAAAACAUAUGAAGAUUGUUGUUGUGUUAGGAUGAUCUUUAGGGGAUUUAGAGUGGUUGUUGAUGAAAAGGACAUUUCAAUGGAUUCCAUGUAUAGAACUGAAUUGCAGAGCCUAUUAGGAGGAAAAUCCAUUUGCUUACCACAAGUGUUCAUACAAGGAAAACACGUUGGUGGGGUUGAAGAAAUCAGACAGCUUAAUGAAAAUGGUGAAUUGGCUAAGCUUUUAAAAGGGUUUCCUGUUAGAGAUCCUGGGAUUGUUUGUGAAGGUUGUGGUGAUGCUAGGUUUGUGCCAUGUCCAAACUGUAGUGGAAGCAAAAAAGUGUUUGAAGAAGAUGAAUGUAGGUUAAGAAGGUGCCCUGAUUGUAAUGAAAAUGGGUUAAUAAGGUGCCGUGCUUGUUGUUCAUGGUAAUUAGCCAUAAAUAUAUGCAUAAUUGUUUAUACUCGUAAAAAAAAAAAAAAGACUUGGAAAUGUUGAGCAUUGGUGCUUCAAGGAAGAUGAGGAGCUGGAGCCGGAGCAAUGGUUAGUUUCUUGAAUUGGUAUUUUGUAGUAGGGGUUUUAGUUUUCAUAAUUUGUGGUAUGUUUAUAUGCUGUCUGGCAGGUUGUUCUUGUUGUUUCAUUGUCCUUUUGAACUUGUAUGAAAUUAAAUAAUGAUUAAUUAUAAUAAAAGUGACAAUUUUGAUGCAA